AUGGAUAUAGGUGAAAUAAAUAAUAUGGACGUUGACAAAAAUAAUAAUUUAAUACCCAAAAAUAAAAAUAAUAAAGUGAAUGUAGAUAAUAUAAAUAAUGAUAGUAAUAAUUUUGUAGAUAAUAGUAAUAAUAGUAAUAGUAAUAAUAAUAUUUUAAAAAAUAAUGAAUCAAAAUUAUUUAAUAAUAAUUUUGAUGAAUUUAAAGAUAAAUUAACAUUUUUUUCAGUAUUAAAAAAUAAAGAAAAAGAAUAUUAUAAAAUUAAAAAUGGUGUUUUACAAAAUAUGGAAAACAUUAAAUCAGAAGAUACAAUUUUAGAAGAUCUAUAUAAAGAGCGAAACUCAUUAAUUCAAGAAUACAAAAAAUAUGAAACCAUUUUAAAAGAUAUUCAAAACGAUAUUUUCAAUGUUGAGGCAUUAAUAAUCGAAUCAAAGACUCAUAAAGAAAUUAUUCGUAAACAACUAACCCAUCAAAGAGAAACCGAAAUGUAUCCUUUAAAAGACUCAAUUGAUGAAAUGAGAAAAUCAAUAAAUUUGCCCGUAUUACCUUCCAUUGAAUCAGAAAAAGAUAGGGAAAUGAAUGAAUAUCUUACAAAUCGUUUAAAAGAAGAAUUAGAAAAAGAAAAUCAGAAAAAAUUAAAACAACAACAAUUAUUAUUAGAGAAAGCUCAACAAAAACAAAUAUAUCUAUCAAAAUCUGCAAAUUUUAAUAAUAAUAAUAAUAAUAAUAAUGAUAAUAAUAAUAAUAAUAAUAAUACUAUAAUAAAUAAUAAUAAUAUAAACACCACCAUAUCAAAUACCUCCACUACAACAACACCAAUAGCACCAACUACUAGUCCUACUCCAACUCCAGGAAAAAGAGGUAGAAAGGCUAAAAUAAGAUUAUCUCAAUAA